AUGGGACGUGGGUACAGCAACAGCCGCAGCAAGAGUGCGCGGCCGACACUUUGCAUGAAGCGUCAGCGGUCGCUCUCGCUGCAUCAGUUGAAAGAGUCAAUGCAGCCACCCAGCACGGCACCUCUGAAACACUCUGCUGUUCGAAAAUUGGAAGUCCAAACCCCCAUGGGUGAUGUGAGACACAAAGAUUCGGCAAAGCGGGCACCAACGCAGCAGCGGGGCGGCAGUGCACGGAUGCGCUCUGCCUCCACGAUUCGUCAAAAAGUCGCCUCCAUGGAGAAGGAGCUUGAGGGUGAGUUGGAGCCGGCGGAGCGGGUGUCAGAAACAAUUGUGAAGCCAGACGUGAUGACAAAGUACAAGUCUGCCGGCCGUGCCCUUGACGAGGUAAUGGACAUUCUGGCGGCUGCGUGCGUGCCAGGGGCAACCACGAAACAUCUGUGUGACCUUGGCGAUGAAGAACUGCUGCGACGGGUGCAAGCGAUGUUCUCCAAGGCGAAGGACGCUGACGGUAACCGCAUUCUUCGCGGCCUCUCCUAUCCAACCAACGUCUCAGUGAAUCAAAUCCUCUGCAAUCAUGCACCGUUGGUGGAGGAGGAGGCCCUUGUGCUCCGCGGCGGAGAUGUGGUGAAGAUUCAUAUGGGGUGCCACAUCGACGGUUACCCAGUCACUGCGGCACGUACGGUUCUUGUUCCAUGUGAUGCCACAGCCACAACUUCCUCCGAAAUUUCCGGAGGAGCUACCGCUGCACGUGCGCAGAUGCGACAGCUCACUCAAGAGGCAAUCAACGCGGUGGAGGCGGCGCGUAUAGCUUUGCACGGGAUGAUUCAUCUCAUGCAACCAGGGAUGCUGAAUGCUGACAUCACAGACUUCAUACACAGCGUGGGAAAUCAUUUUGAAGUUCAAGGAGUAGAAGGUGUACUCUCAAACCGUACAAAAAGAUGGGUUCCAGACGGCAUGGAAUGCAUCAUUACGCGACGUGUAACGCUGGAGGAUCCUCACCAGGACGUUGCAGAUUGCAAUAUAGGCGCAAAUCAAGUAUGGACACUUGAUGUAGCCUUCACGGAUCAUUCCUCGUACAAGGUGGCACCUGCUGAGGGGAAGGCAAGCAUUUACCGCCGCACUGAAGUGGAAUUUCAGAAUGACGCUCGUGUGCGCUCCGUCCACGCCUCGCUACAAGAAAUCACAGAGAAGCACCAAUGUUUUCCGUUUAGCCUCAAACACCUGGAUAGCCCUCUGAAGGCCCGAAUGGCCGUUGCGAUGUUGCAAAAGCAGAAUGUCAUUGACUCUCUGCCGGCAUUGAGGAUCAAAGGCGAACGCCACAUCACGGCGCGCUUCUCGGCCACCGUGGCUGUCUCUGAGCGGCGUGUGACGGUGCUAUGUGGGCUUCCCCCAGCAGAACCAUUGGUUGUACCGGAUGACGUGCGACCUCCACCUAUUUCAGAUGGCAUCGCUGCUGUGUUAUCGAAACCUCUCGUCUUUGCACAAGAGGGGAAGCCGCAGCGUAAGAAAGCGCGCACUGAGGAAUUGAACAAAUGA